GCCGGGAGCUAUCCGCGCGGGGCCCGGGCGCCGCAGGCACAGCGCAGAGCGCGGAAAACUACAGACGGCGGGGACCCGACGGCAGCGCCCACCCGCCCGCCAGCCGCCCAGCCCAGCCCUGCGAGCACCCCAGCUCGCGAUGGCGCCCGAGGCCGGGGCGCCCCCCCGCGCGCGGCGCCCUCUGCCCUGGGCGACGCUGCUGCUCCUGGCCGCGCUGCUGCCGGUCGUCUGCUCAGCCGGGGCUCCAGCUGACCACCCACUGAAGCCAAGGCAUGUGAAACUGCUGUCCACUAAAAUGGGCCUGAAAGUCACGUGGGACCCACCCAAAGAUGCUACCAGUAGACCCGUGGAGCAUUACAACAUUGCCUAUGGGAAGUCACUGAAAAAUCUUAAGUACAUCAAGGUGAAUGCGGAGACACACUCCUUCCUUAUUGAGGAUGUGGAGCCGGGGGUAGUGUACUUUGUGCUGGUUACGGCAGAAAACCAUGGUGGAGUGAGCCGUCCUGUUUACAGAGCUGAGAGCCUGCCUGGAGGUGAAUGGAUCAAGAUUGAUGGUUUUCCCAUUAAGGGUCCAGGACCAUUUAAUGAAACCGUCACAGAAAAGGAAGUGCCAAACAAGCCUUUGCGUGUUCGAGUCCGACCCUCAGAUGACCGGUUGUCCAUUGCGUGGAAGGCGCCACGCCUGUCUGGAGCCAAGAGUCCCCGCAGGUCACGGGGAUUUCUUCUGGGCUACGGGGAAAGCGGCCGGAAGAUGAAUUACAUUCCACUGAAAAGAGAUGAGCGAACACACGAAAUUAAAAAGCUAGGCAAGGAAGAGGCUGUGAUUUAUCGAGUCCUCCUGGAAGAUUCCAGUAGGAUCCAGUGGUCCCUUUACAUGCCUUUCCAUGUGUCCAUUGUCAUUUCAGAGGAGGAUAACCUGGACGUACCUGAAGACAUCAAUGUCCGGAUUAUGUCCUCCCAGUCGGUGCUUGUAGCCUGGGUGGAUCCUAUUUUGGAAAAACAGAAGAAAGUUGUUGCAUCAAGACAUUACACUGUGCGCUAUCGAGAAAAAGGGGAGCUGGCAAGGUGGGAGUACAAGCAGAUCCCCAACAGACGCGUGUUGAUCGAGAACUUGAUUCCAGACACCAUGUAUGAAUUUGCAGUCCGUAUUUCACAGGGUGAAAGAGACGGCAAAUGGAGUACCUCUGUCUUCCAAAGAACGCCAGAAUCUGCUCCCACUACAGCUCCCGAAAACUUAAACGUCUGGCCCGUCAAUGGCAAAACUACAGCAGUCACUGUAGCUUGGGACGCACUGCCUGAGACCGAGGGGAAAGUGAAAGAAUACAUUCUUUCAUACGCCCCGGCUCUCAAGCCAUUUGGAGCAAAGUCCCUCACCUACCCUGGAGAGACUACUUCUGCCCUAGUGGAUGGUCUGCAGCCUGGGGAACGCUAUCUUUUCAAAAUCCGGGCCGCAAACCGGAGAGGAAUGGGGCCUCACUCCAAAGCCUUCGUUGUUGCUAUGCCAACCGGUACCAGUGAGUCCAAUGUUCAGCAGAAAACAGGCACGGAGGAGAAGCGGAGACCUGAAAAACCCGAGCCUCCCUCGUCUUCCCCCAAAACGCCAGCUUCCUCAAAACACACUCAUGUGCCUGUUUCUCCUCGCGGUAGAAAUGACUUGAAGAACAAAAUACUAGCCAAUGGCGGGGUGCCCAGCAAACCCCAGCUUCAUCCUAAGACUGCAGGGUCGGAGCUUCAGUCGACAGAGCUCACAGAUGAGGAGGCGCUGGAUGCCCAAGGGGACCCACCAACGGCGCCCUCGGAGACCCAGGACCAGAGGCGACAGCAGAGGCCACCAAGCAGAUCUGUCCACCCGGCCCUUGCUUCCGGAAGGACUCCAGUGAGGGCCCGCACGCCCGUGCAGCCCCGAAAGGAAGGCGUGGAAAAGCCUGGUUCCUCGCUGCCCUCCCUCCACACCCCCGCUGAGGGCGGCCCUCAGGGCUCUGCCAACCUGCCGUCCAGCUCUGCUGACAAUGACUCCCUGGACCAAGAGGCUGACGAGCCAGCCGCAGGCUCCCUCCACCCCAAGGAUGCCUCUUCCGAGCAUCUUCGGCCCAAGAGCACAGCCUCCGCUCGGCCAGCCUUGGGGCCCGGCCGCCACUCGGCCUCCGGUACCGUGCGGGACAGACACCCCGCGCACCAUGGUGCAAAACCAGCCUUGCCGGCUCGGAGGGCCCCCCACGCUGAGGCUGGACAGGAAAACUCACGUGCUUCGGCCGCACCCUCCAGGCUUUCUCCACCUCAUGGGGGGUCAUCUCGGCUGCAGCCCACGGAACCCCACCCCGGCUCUCCGCUCUCCGGGGGCUGGAAGGACCGUCAUGAUGCCCCCGCCGUCAAGUCCAAGGCGCCGUCACGCCCGACCAAGCCCCCUUCUGUCUCCUCGCGCCUCUCCUCAAGGACACAGGUCCCUCAGCGAGCAGACACCUCUGAUGGCGAUAGUGACAGGGAUGCAGAAGAUGAAGGGAGGCAGGGCGAGGCCACUGCCCCGACGCCUCGGGCCCGGCUGCCCGCGGGUGGCCCUGUCUCUGGACAUUUCAGCUUGCACAGAAACAAGCCCUUUGUUGCCCAUGGUAGAUACCCAAACAGGUUUGGCAAUGGCCGGGGACCCAGGUUACAGCCCUCCAGCUCCCCGCUGUCCACUGCGUCCCCCAGAGUUCCCUCAAGAGGGAAUUCCCAGUCGGCUUCUGAGCGGAGGCGAGGCUUGGGUAUCCAUGGUGAGGACACGGAGGCAGAAGACGAAAAGCCACUUCCGGCCACCAUUGUCAAUGACCACGUGCCUUCCUCCCGGGGCAUAAAUCACCUGCAAAGAGGCCCCCAGAGGGAAACGAACCUUCCGCGGAAAGAGUCCCCAGUAGAGAACCCCAAGUCCGCUGGGACCUGGGCAGGUGCGCACCCCCAGGACAGAUCGCAGUCCUCUAAGGCGCAGGAUAUACAACAGAGCACAGACGAGGCCGUGGAGGAGGGUUCUCCCAAAACCCACCUGUCCUCUGCUCGGCUGCCCGCAGGGAGGUCACAGCACCACCCCGGGUCCAGCGUGCCCAAAAGGAAGCCCGGGCUUCCCCAGGACCCUUACGCAUCCAGAGGCAGUCAGUCCUCCCUCCUGGCGAACUCCCGCGGGGUGCCCCCCACAUCUCCCCAGAAUCAAAACGAGGACUCCGAGAGCAGAUAUGGCGAAAACCACGACGACGACAGCACAGAAGCAGAGGCCCGAGGUGUCCGGGCGCCCGCACACUCGGCCCCGGCCAAGGACACCACCCUGUCUCUCCCCAAGCACAGGCAAGUGGAGGCCCCAGCAGGAAGCGCGGGCGACAGCCACCUCCGCAGACCUCCAGGACCCUCCCUGAGGCCUGGCAGGCCCUACACCCACGCCCGCACCAGGGUCCCGGCCCGAGCAGGGGCCCAGGCGGCGGCGAAGGACCGGGAGUCUCAGGCCACACCACUCAAGAGGGAGCCUCUCACCUCUAAAUCUCAGCAGUCGGUCUCAGCUGAGGAGGAGGAUGAAGACGCCGGGUUUUUUAAAGGAGGAAAGGAUGAAGACCCGCUGUCUUCUUCGUCUCUUUCAAAGUGGCGCUCCUCGUCUGACCCCAGGGGCAGCAAAUAUACGGAUGGGAACAGAGCUAAGGAGGAGACAGAGUCUGCCUUGGUGCCUGCGCCCCCCAGAGGGAGCUCCCCCCAGGAGGAGAAUGCAACCCCGGCGCAGCGAUCUCCUCCACCUCCACGCAGCUCCCCGAGAGCCUCGCACCUCCUGCCCAGACACCCCCCUCGCAGCUAUGUCACCCCCAGUGCCGCCGUGAGCACCCCUGCGCGGCCACGGUACACCACCCGCGCCCCUCCGGCCUAUUCGUCCACCACCCCCAUGCUCUCCCUGCGCCAGCGCAUGAUGAACUCCAGGUUCCGGAACCCUCUCUCACGCCAGCCUGUGAGACCCCCUUUCAGACAAGGUUAUAAUGGCAGGCCAAAUGUAGAAGGGCAAGUACAUCCUGGUAGUAAUGGAAAACCGAACGGACAAAGAAUUAUCAAUGGCCCUCAAGGAACAAAGUGGGUGGUGGACCUCGUCCGUGGGUUAGUACUGAAUGCAGAAGGAAGGUACCUCCAAGAUUCACAUGGAAAUCCUCUUCGGGUUAAACUAGGAGGAGAUGGUCGAACCAUUGUGGAUCUGGGAGGAACCCCUGUAGUGAGCCCUGAUGGGCUCCCCCUCUUCGGGCAGGGGCGGCAUGGCAAACCCCUGGCCAGUGCCCAGGAUAAGCCCAUUAUGAGUCUUGGAGGGAAGCCCCUGGUAGGCUUGGAGGUCAUCAAAACAACCACCCGAGCCCCCACCACAACCGAGAGACCCACCACUACCCCUCGGCCCACGACCACCACCCGCCGCAUGACCACCACCACGCGCCCAACGACCACCACCACGCGCCCAACGACCACCAUCCGAACCACUACUAAGACAACCACCACCACCACCACCACCACCACCACCACCACCACCCCUGUCCCCACCUGCCCUCCUGGGACCCUGGAGCGGCAUGAUGAAGAUGGCAAUCUGAUAAUGGGCUCAAGUGGGGUCCCGGAGUGCUCCCCUGAGGAAGAUGAUUUCUCAGGAUUAGAGACCGACACGGUGAUUCCCACGGAAGAGGCAUACGUUGUCUAUGACGGAGAUUAUGAAUCUGAGAACUCGAGGUCACCGGCCACCACCAAGCCCUUCACCACCACUGCCACGCCCGUGGUUUUCCCACCGGAAGGCACCAUUAGCUCCUUUCCCGAAGAAGAAUUCGAUAUGGCUGGAAAGAAAAGAUUUGUUGCUCCUUAUGUGACGUACCUAAGUAAAGACCCAUCAGCCCCAUGCUCUCUGACCGAUGCUCUGGAUCACUUCCAAGUGGAAAGCCUGGAUGAAAUCAUUCCAAGCGACAUGAGGAAGAAUGACCUGCCUCCUCAGCAUGUCCCCCGCAACAUCACCGUGGUUGCUAUGGAAGGUUGCCACUCAUUUGUCAUUGUGGACUGGGACAAAGCCACCCCGGGAGAUGUGGUAACAGGUUACCUGGUUUACAGUGCAUCCUAUGAUGACUUCAUCAGGAACAAGUGGUCCACGCAAGCGUCAGCAGUCACUCAUUUGCCCAUUGAAAACCUGAAGCCAAACACGAGGUAUUAUUUUAAAGUUCAAGCCAAAAAUCCUCACGGCUAUGGACCUAUCAGCCCUUCAGUCUCAUUCAUUACAGAAUCAGACAAUCCUCUGCUUGUUGUGAGGCCACCAGGGUACAGAAAGUUCGUGGGAGUUGUUCUUUGUAACUCACUGCGGUAUAAGAUCUACCUCAGUGACAACCUGAAAGACACAUUCUACAGCAUUGGGGACAGCUGGGGAAGAGGUGAAGACCAUUGCCAAUUUGUGGAUUCACAUCUUGAUGGAAGAACAGGGCCUCAGUCCUAUAUAGAAGGCCUCCCUAGAAUUCAAGGCUACUAUCGCCAGUAUCGCCAGGAGCCCGUCAGCUUUGGCAACAUUGGCUUUGGAACCCCCUACUACUAUGUGGGCUGGUACGAGUGUGGGGUCUCCAUCCCAGGGAAGUGGUAACCCAGGCUGAAUCAUGCUGAAAGCUCACCCUGCCUGGCCCCCUUGACUAACUUGCACUAGGGGCCAUGAGCAGGAAAACUAGAUGGUGUCCAAAGCCACACAGCCCCGGGCGUCAGCAAGGCCACAAGAUGGACACUGGAUAUUUUGGGCAUCUUCAGUCUGGAACUCAGCCCCACUUCCUGGCCUGGACUGCACACAGGAUUCAAUGUUGCUGUUAACUUUGCUUCUCCAUACAUUUUGCUUAUAAUAGCACAUCCCAGAGACAAGUGAAACACGCCACUACAGAGGAUGCCCACUGAUUCAGGGCGAUUUUCACACUCUUUAGGCACAAAAUUCAGACCCCUUGGUAUUUCCAGGGAACAGCAGAAGCACGCUGUGCUGGCUUCAUGGAACGCUACACGCUUUCUUUUUCCUCACUGGACUCCUCCAAAACUAGCUGAAUUUAAGCUUCGGAUCUCUUUUUAUGCAGUAGAACUGAAUUACUGAAAUCACCACCAAAGGAAAUGUACCCUACUUAAGAUUUAUCCCAUGGACUUACCCACUGCUAGACCAAAUGUAUCAAAUCUUCUUUGUAAAUUCUCAUUUUGAUAUAUAUAUAUAUAUAUAUAUAUAUGUAUGUAUAUAUGCAUAUACAUAUCCACACUUGUCUACAAGAACAUUGAUUAAAAUUGCUAAAUUUGUUCCUGUUCACUAGAUAAAUGUGUGUGGGACUUUUUGGAGCAAAGGUGCUGUUUAUUAACAUCUUCUAGACGUGUCCAAAGUAUCUGUGCUCUACAGACUAUGACAACAAUGGAAAGGUAUGCGUUUCUCCUGUGAAUAGCGCUGGACUGUGGGAAUGUUUAGGAUGGUGCGAUGCUAGUGUUGAACUAGAUGCAAACAGAGCACCUUCUACCUAAGAAGACCUUCUUUCCGUACCCAGGUGAAAAAUGUACUAACUGC